CAGUUAAUUUUUCGGUGCGGUAGAAGAAUGUUCGCGUGAAAUUUGGGUGUGUGUGAAUCAAACAAUAAACAAAUUAGUCGGUGUUCGUUUUUUUGGAAUUACCCGUAAUAUGAAUGAUUCCGUCAAAGGGUAAAGAGUCAUGGACUCGAGCAGCUCCAAUCGCGGAUCGACCGGCCAGCUGUCCGGCGGCGGCGGCGGCGGCGGCGGAGGCGGCAUGCACCACUCGCUGUCGACACCGGCGGGCGUAGAUUGCGGCGGAGACGGCGGCAGGACGUCGCCGACCACCCCCAAGAAGGGCGGCAAGAUGCUGGCGAUCAGGGUGCAGAUGCUCGACGAUACCGUCACCAUAUUUCAAGUGCAGGCUAAAGCGUUAGGGAGAGUACUAUUCGAGCAAGUUUGCAAGCAGCUACAUUUACUAGAAGCGGACUAUUUCGGUUUAGAAUAUUGGGAUGAUCACAAUACGAGAUAUUGGCUGGACUUGCAAAAACCCAUUUCUCGGCAACUCGGUUUGUCCUUGGUGGAUCCUCUCCUGUAUUUCUGCGUCAAAUUCUACACGCCGGAUCCGGCCCAACUGGAAGAAGAAUACACCAGAUACCUGUUUUGUUUGCAGGUAAAACGGGAUUUGUCCCAAGGCGGCUUGCAAUGCAACGAAAACACCGCCGCCCUCAUGGCCAGCUACAUAGUUCAAGCGGAAUGCGGGGAUUACGUGGCCGAAGAUUAUCCGGAUCACACGUACUUGUCCAGUUACAAAUUCGUGCCGCAACAGGACCAAGAAAUGGAACGGAAGAUCAUGGAGAAUCACAAGAAACACGCGGGUCAGUCGCCGGCGGAGGCGGAUUUGAAUUUGCUGGAGACGGCGAGACGGUGCGAAUUGUACGGGGUCAAGAUGCACCCGGCGAAAGAUCACGAGAACGUGGCCUUGAAUCUGGCUGUUGCCCACAUGGGUCUCGUCGUGUUCCAGAAUUACACGAAGAUCAACACGUUUUCGUGGGCGAAAAUCCGGAAAAUAUCGUUCAAGCGGAAGCGAUUCCUCGUCAAAUUGCACCCGGAAGGCUACGGUUAUUAUAAAGAUACGGUGGAGUUUUUCUUUGAGGGAAGGAACGAAUGCAAAAACUUUUGGAAGAAAUGCGUGGAAAAUCACGGGUUCUUUCGAUGCGCUUCCGUAAAGCAUGUAUCCAGGCACAAAACAAGAGUAUUAUCCAGAGGCAGUUCUUUUAGGUAUAGUGGCAAAACUCAGAAGCAAAUAAUCGAAUUCGUACGGGAUAAUUAUGUGAAACGACAAACGUUUCAAAGGUCGCAAUCGUUUCGCCAUUCUAGCGCUCACUCUAGCGCUAGCAACAUGCAUUCGACAACUGUCGGGAACAGCAUUUCCGCUCAUCCUUUGUUACCUCUCGCUGACAGCAAUUUGAGCGUGGAAGUGUCCAAACUAUCGGCGUCUCUGGGUUCGAUGGGCCCGCGUACGGUUGGACGGGCGGCUUCUCCGACGACGAAGUCAGCCUCUCGCCGCCGCGGCACAGCUACGUCCUGGAGCUCGGCGCCCGACACCAGGCCCGCCGAUCGACCGGCGGCUGCGGCGCCCACUCGGACGACGAGCUCGCCGCCUACGCCGCCGCCGCCCUUCGCCCGGACGGCGUCCUCGCCGGAGGACUCUGCGACCACGAGCCCGCCCACGACGAGACGCGCCGCUGCCAGUUCGCCGGUGGCCGUCCGCGUAGCUGUCCACAGGGCCGACACAGAUAACAACAAACAACAACAACAGAACAACGUCGAAUACAGCAACAUCAGCGACAACAACAACUUCUACACUUCCACGCCCGUGAGAACCGCCAAUGGAAGCGUAUCCGACGUAUCCACCACCCCAUCCAAAGAAAACUAUUACAGCACCAUCAACAGCGAAGACAGCCCGUCGAAGGUCCUCGCCAAGGAGCAGCUGAUGAACAGCAUCAACGCCAACACCUUAGUCAACGGCAACACGACCACCAUCAUAGCCGAAAUCGAAGGCGAAAACGCCCGUAAGAGACCCAAGUACCUCGUCGACAAGACCUACUACAUAGCCAAGGAGAUACUCAUGACCGAGUUGACCUACAAGAAAGAUUUAGAUGUUAUAAACGUUUGGUUUCGAGAGGAAGUGGGUAAAGAAGAGCCGGAGGAAUGUCAAAUACUGCUGUCGUUGAUAGCGCCUUUAGCACAAGCCCACGGUUUGCUGGUGAAGGAUUUGGAACAACGGUUGCACGGUUGGGACACCAAAGGCGGUCCUAGAGCCACUACCGGUCGCAUCGCCGACGUUCUACUGGUGCAUCUACCGCCGCUUCUACCGAUCUACGAAGAGUAUCUGGACGGGCACGUGCUGGUGCUCGAGCGGCUCGACGCCGCCUUCAAGCACAACGGGCGCUUCGAGUCGCUCUACCGCGACUUCGAGGCGCGCAAGGCGUGCUACCUGCCGCUGACGGCGUUCGUCCUGAAGCCGCUGCAGCGGCUGUUGCAGUACCGCGCGCUGCUGCGCCGGCUGCUCGACCACUACGGGCCCGAUCAUCCGGACCGCGCCGAUUGCAUGACGGCCGGCGACGCGCUCAAGGAUCUGUCGGCGCCCGUCGUCGAGACGCUCGAGCAAUCGAUGAACCUGGUGGCGUUGUGCGAGCUGCAACGCGACCUGGUCGGGUUCGAGAAUCUGGUGCAGCCCGGCAGGCGGUUCGUCCGGCACGGGUGUUUGUUGAAGCAUUCGCGGAAGGGCUACCAACAGAGGAUGUUCUUUUUGUUUUCGGAUAUAUUGUUGUACGCGUCGCGAUCGCAGGCGACGUUGCAGUUCAAAGUGCACGGCCACAUGCCGUUGAGGGGCGUGCUGAUCGAGGAGCCCGAAGGCGACGUGUCGUUCAACGGAUUGAUCGUGUACGGGGGCAACAGGGCGCUGACGGUGGCGGCGAACAGCGCCGACGAGAAGGAGCGCUGGAAGAGCGAUUUGCUCGACGCCAUUCGAUUGGCGCGCGACAAAUCCGACACGAAAAUCACCUAUUUGAGUUUGAAAAGUUGCAGUUCCUCGGACGAACAACUCGAUCAGACCGGCAACAACGACGUUGGGACGCAGACCAAGCCGCAGGUGCAAAGGAGCAACACCACCGUGCACGUUUGCUGGCACAGAAGCACCAGCGUCAGCAUGAAAGACGAACUUCUGGCCGUCGAGAGUCAAUUGUCGGGUUAUCUGUUGAGGAAGUUCAAAAGCAGCAACGGUUGGCAGAAGCUUUGGGUGGUGUUCACGUCGUUUUGCUUGUUCUUCUACAAGGGAUGUUUGGACGAAUUUCCGUUGGCUUCGUUGCCGCUGUUGGGGUACUCGGUGGGGCCGCCGCAGCCCGAAGAUCGCAUCGGCAAGGAGUUCGUGUUCAAGUUGCAGUAUAAGAACCACGUGUAUUUCUUCAGGGCGGAAUCCGAUUAUACGUACAAUAGGUGGAUGGAAGUUAUUGGCGGCGCUACUCAAAGUAAGCCGAGAAAGAAGAUUACAUCGGAGAAUGAUAAUAAAAUAGAAACUUCGAUUGAAAAAUGAUGUUAAUUGAAUUGAAGUUUGUCUUCCAAUAUUAAUCAAGUAUUAUUUUUUUUGACUACAGGUGAUUUGUAUUGAGUAAAUUGUAACAAUCCUAAUAUUAUUGAGUACAUUCCGAGAAAAAGAUACGAAUUAAUUGAUGCCUUAAAAUUCCAAUUUAUGCAUUUAUUUAUCUAAUUUUUGAAAAGGUUUGUAAUUUUUACGGUAUUUAUUGACUAUUAUAUACAUUUGUUGAGACUGUAUUUUAUGAAGUAAGUCGGAUAUUAUAUUAAAAAUUAGUUUAAAAAGAUUUUACUGAGAAGUUACCAGUUUUCGGAGUUUUCGUGAUGGAUAUUAAGCAGCUAAAAAUGUUUUGUUUUUUUAAUUAAAUAUAUCUACUAUGUACAAUUAUACUUAUCAUUUAACGAAGAAUAUGGCAAUAGAUAUUAUUUUCUUUGGUUUUUUUAUAUGGGUUAUUUCUAAUUUUUUAUAAUUUCAAUAUUUGUAGUCUUAAGAAGUAGAUAACAAAAACACUUAAAAAAUGUUAUUUUUUAUGUAAAUGUAAUUUAUUUUAUUAACGAGCACUGUAUAUACUUUCAACUCACAUUUCAUAUAGUAUUUAAAAAAUCAUUCCUAUAAAAAUAUUACUUAAAAUUUAUCCUUCUUUUGAUUACUCUUAUAUUUGUAUAUAUUGUAUGUAGAUAUAUUUUAACGAAAAUUCUUCAUAGUAUUUUAUUCUGGUAUUUGUAACUUAAUCAGGCAGCUGAGAGUGAUUUAAAUAUAAUUUUGUAAUAACAUUAACUGAUAUUUUCUUGUAAACUUACAUUAUUAAAUCUUAAGGAACACAUGAAAAAAUAAAAC